CUCCAAAAAAAAACAGUGGCGUCCGUCACAGUGUUGACAUGGCAUAAAAAAUUACAAAAACAAAUCGUUCAACUAAAGAAAGAAAAAUGGGGAUUCAGGGCUUCACCAAGUUCGUAAACGACCGAAGCCAUUUGUUUUACGAGAACUACGAGCUACGGGACACGACCCUCAUAAUAGACGGCCACAGUAUCUCCUGCCAAUUGUACAACUGGAAACAGUGGCAAUUCGAUGCCAGAUCUUAUAAUUCUUAUGGAGGAGACUACGAUAAAUACGCUUAUAUUGUUGAAAAUUUCUUUAUGAUGCUUCUCGAGGUAAGGGUCAAGCCUAUUGUGAUCUUUGAUGGGGGUUUUGAGCAGAGAAAACUACCCACAAUCCUAAAGAGGAUGCAGGACAAGAUUAAUAUUGCUGACAGGUUAAACCCCAAGUUGGAACUGAGGCAACCCAAUAAGGUGGUGUUUCCGUUAGCCCUGCGGGAAACUUUUAAAGAUGUACUUCGAAACAUGGAUAUUCCUAUGGUUAUGUGCGAGUAUGAAGGUGAUCAAGAAAUUGCCAGUUUAGCAAAAGCAUUGAACUGUCCUGUUUUAACUUUUGACUCGGACUAUUUUAUAUUUGGAGUGCAAUACAUCCCAUUUCGAACUGUGAAUAGUAAAGUGAGUGCCAUUGAAAACUGGAGGACAGGAAUCUAUAAAUGCAUCACAUGCAAAAUAUACAAAAUCGAUAAGUUUUUGGAUCAUUUUAAGGGUUUGCAGAGGGGCACUUUACAACUCCUGCCUGUUUUAUUAGGCAACGACUAUAUCGAUUUUAAAAUUUUUAGUCACUUUUUGAAUAGUAUAAGAGCCACAGCAAACAAGGAUAUGUUAGGCAAGAUUGAAGCAGUGUUAGACUGGCUACGGUGUGAAACCCCAGAAAGUGCAAUAAAAAAAAUAUUGGGUAGUUUUAAAAACACCAAAGAACGAUUAUUUAUUUUGAAUAAAAUUGAGAAAAUUGUUACUUCUUACUAUUAUGUUGAAACUCACUUGUUUAAGUAUUUACAUGUUGGUAGCCAUAAGGAGAAAAAUUAUGACAAAAUUCAAUUCAGUGAUUUAAGGGAGGAGGUUGAAAAUGGUGCUGGGUAUAUUGAAAAUGGUACUUACAGCCCUAAAUCAAUAACAGAGCAAGUACAAGAAAGUGUUAUACAUGACAAUAUUUUAAAUGAUAAUUCAGCAAGUGUCAAUAUGGAGUCAAUAAAAAAAGAGGCAGAGGAGGAACCUGAAUUUACACCUAAUGAACAAUCUGAUGCUCUUUUAGAACCAAAAAUAGAAGCACCUGAUCCUGAAUGUGAUGAAAAUGAUGUGGUGAUGGACGAGGGAUUAAUUAAAGUUGAUGUACCAGAUUGCAGUAUUAUCAAAGAGGAAAAUAAAAGCAAAACACAAUCUUUAAAUAAUGAUAUAUUAAUUGUUAAACAGGAAGCACAAGAUGAGAGUCUUGAUAAUACAAAAGAAGAACAUAAAAAAGUUUUAUGUAAUCCCAGUGAUAGUGUUACAGCUGAACCACUAAAUCUUCAACAAACCAGUUCUAACCAAACAGAUAGCCUUAGAUCUGACCUCAGUAAAGAGGAGUCUACUAAAAAUGGCACCCAUGGUAUCACAUUAGAAAAUGGAGAAGUUGAGCCUGAAAAUGAUUCAGAAGAUGCCAAAAUGGAAACUCAAGACAAUAUUGAAGAGGAAGAAAAAGCAACUGAAGAAGAAGAUCUCAUAGAUACAUUCAGCUUUGAAGAGACUCAUUUGGAAAAAGAUAACACCUCAAAAAAUCCAGUGUCCAAAUUGUUUUUUAAGAACUUUAUGAAGUGUUACUACCCGUCAUCAUUUAUGGACAUCCUAACUCAGGACGUUUAUUAUUGUAUACCGCAGGUUGAAAACCAUGCUGAAGAAGUGUCACAUAAGUUUUCCUUUGGUAUCUUAAGGGCCAUCCAUAGGAUACUCACAAAGGGCCAAGAGGCAGAGUUUACUAUAGUCGGUAGAGGAGAAGGUAGUAAUGUCAAAUGGUUUAAACAAGAAAAAUACCACUUGUCUCUACCUUCCAUUGAGGACAUAGAGGAGUUAACCUUGCAGGGUAGAAGAGAUGUGUUUCUUCAAAUAUUAGGUAUCAAUAAUAACUUUAUAACAUUGUUGGAAAAUUUCCCUACAGAGUGGCACACUUUUUUGUUAUCACUUAAGUUUGCUGCCUCAAAAAUCACUUUUGAUACACCACUUAUCUAUUCAUUAAUUUUAGGUUUCAUCAUUUUAAAUUACAUUGAUCAUAGGAUAGGUUUUUAUAGGUCUGUUGAGAGGUAUAAACAGAAGUACUUCUCUUACAUGCAAGCGUUACCCCCCAGUUAUGAGAGGGUGGCUUUUAGGGCUGACAAGAACUGUUUCUACUAUUUUCCAUCUGUCGAUUGUAUAGUUUUCAUGCAGAAAGUUGUUCACAUGUUCACACUAAACCCAAAAGAGAACGUGACGAGUUAUAAUAAGAAUGUGGUGCAUCAAAUUGCUCAAAUUCAAAGUGUCUUAUUACAUGUUAAAUACUUAAAUGCCUUAUUGAAGUUCCCAUAUACAAACCUGGUGCCUCAUCAGAUUAUUGAUAGCACUUUUAUUUAUAACUUAACAAAAACUUUUAAGGAAAAGUCUUCCGAAUUGGAAAAUACUUAUUUGAAUGUGUUUUUUAAAGAUUGCCCCAGUAUCUUGUCUGCUCUAAAAUAUGUUUUGAACAUGAUAAAUAAGCAAAUUAUCUUAUAGUAUUAGUAUAUUUAUUUUUAUUGUUAUGGUGGCUUAGCUCUAAACCUACAUUAUAUAUGUGAAGAUAUUUUUUUAUUUAAAAUUAAGAAGGGUUUAGAACCGUUUAGCUGUAUUUUUAUACCGAGUGUUAUACUUGUCCUUUUCUCCAAAAGCUUUUUCAAAUUAUUGUAUUGUUUUUUCAAUAUAAAUAUACUUUUGUGUAGUCGAACUAUUAUACAUUUGAAUGAUGGUUUAUUUAAUGUUUUUAUCAUGUAAAAAGUGCAGUAUUUUUGUUAAUAAAAUAAUUGUAUAUUGAA